AUGUCGAUAGAGAGGGAUUUGCUCACCAGGAAACACAGGAAUUCUUCCCGACAUUAUACCAUCAAGUUAGAGCGCCGAAUUCGUCAGCUUGAGGCCGAGCUACAGAAGAACAACUUGGAAGUGCCGCCAGGGGAAUCAAGAGAAGAGGUGCUCGAAGCUGUCUUGCAAGAAUCAGGAACGUCACAACAUGAGUCUCAACAGUCCCUGCUGGGGCAAGGCCAGAAGCCUCGAGGACGAUUUCACAGUCUUAUUGACAGACUGUGUGCGGCCGAGCCCCGGCUGUGUACCGAUAGAGCAGGGCGCCUACACUUUUACGGGCCUUCGUCAAGUUUACACACGGCCGAGAGCAUCUCGUCAUGGUUCACCUUCACGGACGCAAUCUAUACAGAGACGCCGCAUCAAACUGCUCGGGAGCUACCUGUGCAGCUCCAAGAACAUCUUUUAGACCAGUACUGGAAAUUCCAACACGGAGUUAUUCAGGUGGUCAACCGUGAGGCCUUUCUGAACGACAUGAAGGUAGGUCGCUGCCAAUACUACAGCAAAGCACUGCUCUACGCCAUCUUCGCCUCAGCUGCCAGGGUAUCAGACUAUCCCGAGAUUCGGGCACUGGUCGUACCACCAGAAGCUGGCAGCCUCCGUUUUGAGGAGCCCUAUCUAUUCAAGAAAGCGUCUACCCUGGUCGAGGAGGAGCUCCGCCACGAUGCUAGCGUGACAACGGUGCAGGCCUUGGCCCUAUUGAGUGUCCUAUGCUGCUGCUACGCCGGCUCCGAUGGCAGAGGGUGGAUGGAUUCGGGGCGUGCUGUCCGUCUCGCAUUCGAAUUCGGAUUGAAUCAAGAGCUCUCGUCUAUUGGACCGAAUAGUCUUCGCAGAGUCGACAGCAGUGUGCUUAGGACAACAUUCUGGGGCUGUUUUACUCUGGAUAGGCUAUGGGCUACCUACCUGGGUCGACCGUACUUGAUACGGCUAGACGUCGUGACGCUUCCCCGCCCUGAUGCUUCACCCGGAGUGCAUACCUGGGACGAGAUAAUUGCCGGUGCUUGGACUGACCUCCUUGACAUCAUUGGCCGUAUAUGCGACUCCAUAAACCACAAGCUUUCACAGCCCUUGGUCAUGCGCCAGGAACUCUGUAACUGGCGUCUGAAUUUGGAUCCUGUCCUCCGCUACCUGCCCCAGUCACCACCGGCAGUUCAUGUUCUGCAUCUCCACUACCACAGUGCGGUCAUUCUGGAAAGACUCUCAGAAGGGCGCUUCGGCGUGGAAACGUCGAGCGCAGCUUCGGACAGCACCAGUGCUCGGACCAUUUAUACCGACCAUGCACUGCAACUGGCUGCUAUUACACAGGAUUACAGAGCGAACCACGGCAGUGCCCGAACCAUGAUAGGGAACUCGCUCUACAAUAUCACGAUUGCGGUCAUCGUCCUGAUUGCAAACUGGGCCGAGGGAGGAACGACGGACGAGAACCAGUACAUCGAACGUGUCGACUCUUGUGUGCGCAGCAUCAAGGAGAUGGAAACCUCGUUCGCAUCCGCUCGAACGCUAUCCAACAUCGUCCUCUCCCUGAUGCGUCGGUGCAAUUUCCCGCCUCUGCCAUCACAACGACAGAAAGAGUGGAGCGAGGAAGAUGAAGGGUUGCUGUCCCGGCUACGCCUGUCUCUGCCGAUAUUGUCGCCGGACUUCAUGCCUGCUCUAUACGACGACCAAGGCCUUUUCUCGGCGACGUUUGAUUCCGAGGGACUCGAGUCCAGUGGCCCUUUCUGGCUCUUUGCCGAUCCCGGCUAUCAUAUGCGUCGACAAGCUGAAUGGGGCGAUGUUGAUUUCUUGACCGGCGACUACCUUGCGGAGAUCAAUCUCCCCGAGAACAAAAAAGGAAUGGAUGCCGGUGUGCACGAGGGCUGGGAACCGACUUGCUGGGACGGGUUUGUGCAGACCAUUGAUCUGAUCGCCCAGAAAGAGCUGAAAGUCAUUGUCAACGGAGGAGCUCUAAACCCUGCCGGGCUUGCAGCCAAAGUCCAACAACUUGUCAACGAGAAAGGCUUCUCCCUCAAGGUAGCCUACCUUUCUGGUGACGAUCUGACCCAGGAAACAAAGGACCAAAUAUCCAAGACGGGUCAAAUUCCAGCCCAUCUUGAUUCCAAUAACCCCGACGUCAAGGUCGAAAAGCUGGCUGUCGCAUUACAGGACUACCAAUCUAGACCAGUGAUCACCUCACAUGCAUACCUUGGGGCGAGAGGGAUUGUGGGGGCUUUAGACGGCGGCGCAGAUAUCGUCAUCGCCGGCCGAGUCGCUGACGCUUCUCCCGUUAUCGCUGCCGCCUGGUAUUGGCAUCAGUGGAAGCCGACAGACUACGACCAACUGGCGAGUGCACUUAUCGCCGGUCAUCUGAUCGAAUGCUCCGCGUACACGACCGGCGCCAACUUUGCCGGGUUCGAUCAGUUCGAUUUGGAUCUCUUUGUGGACCUUCCCUUUGGUAUCGCCGAGGUGGCCAACGACGGUACGUCCGUGAUCACCAAACAUGAACACACCCAGAAAGGGAUCGUAAACGCGGACACCAUCAAAUGCCAGUUUCUCUACGAGAUCCAAGGCGCCAUCUACCUGAACAGCGAUGUUUCCGCCGACACCACCAACAUCGUGAUCACGGACGUGGGCAAAAACCGGGUGCAAAUGUCGGGGAUCAAGGGCUACCCGCCGCCUCCGACGACGAAACUGGCAGUCUUCUAUGAUGCAGGGUAUCAAUGCCAGCUCUUGGCCAACGCGGCUGGGUACGCUACAGAGAAGAAAUGGCAGUUAUUCGAGAAGCAGAUGCGCUUUUUCCUCAACGAGAAAGGCGUUCUGGACCAGUUUGACCACCUCGAGUUCCAGAUUGUGGGCGUACCGGAGCCCAAUCCUCGAAGCCAGCUCCGCAGGUUACAUUGGUCGCUCGACUACCGCACUGCUCACCCCAAGCCAUACAUAUCUUUCUAUCCCGGCCUGUACGAUCAGACCGCGCUCAAGGAAGCAGCACACAUUCUGGGCCCAGACGGAAAAGUCGCCCAGACGAUCGACGCGAAAUUGCCGACCGAGUUCUACCGUCUGGAGCGAAGGAUCAACUUCGACGCCGAACAAUGCACUCUGCGCAAUCCUCAGGGACCCACUCGAACCGUAACUCUGGGCGAUAUCGCCUACGGUCGAUCCGGCGACAAGGGCGCAAACUGCAACUUCGGCAUCUACCCCCGGAACCCGGCGCAUUGGGCCUGGUUCCGCGGGUACAUGUCGCGGGCGAAGCUGCAGGAGCUGAUCGGCGACGACUGGCGAGACACGUACUUUAUCGAGAGGAUGGAAUUCCCCGAGAUCAAGGCCGUGCACUUUGUGGUGUACGGCAUUCUCGGUCGCGGCGUGUUGGCGAGCACCCUGCUCGAUUCCCUGGGCAAAGCAUUUGCGGACUACAUCCGGGCGAAAACAAUCGAGGUCCCGGUGGAAAUCUUGGAGCUGUGA